CUUGUCAAGGCAAAACUCUACGAAACGUAUAACAAAAUAUGUAUACAAAACACAUCUAAACAGCAAAUACAAAACUACGACACUUUUCAUUACGCCAAGAAUAUUUUAAUAAAGAAAAAUCUGAUCUUUGAACAGAAAUGGAGGAAGCCGUAGAAACCGUAGCUGAAGUACCUUCUACAGAGAAGGCUGCCGCAUCGGCAGAGAAUAUUACAAUAGAAUUAAUCGAUACUCCUAUUAUUGAACCAGAAGAUAGCCAAAAUGACAUACUGCCUAUAGAUGAUGAGGCACGGAAAUCACUCGAGGAACAGACCAUUGAGGCGGGUGCCGAAGGUGACUCGCAGCUCAGCGAGGAAGCUCUUGCCGAAUUGGAGAAAAAGAAAAGGAAAAAAAGACGCGAAGAGAAGCGCCUGGCGCACGAACGAUUGAGACUGCAUUACCAAGAUGAGACUGAAGGGCCUGCGAAGCCUGCAGAGUCUGCAGAGCCUGAAGAGUCGGAUGAGCCUAAAGGGAUGACGCGACUGCACAGAUCCAUAAGUAGAAUAUCCCUUAAAGAACAAACAUCUAUAGAAAUAGACGAAGAUGGCGAAAUGCGAACUUCAGCAUUACUAUCUGAGGAUAGGGACAAACAGGCUAUGGAUGAGCUCAAUUCGGGCGAGCCAUCAUCAUCGGACGAAGACGAUUAUGGGCGGCGUGCGGUUUCCGUGUCAUUUAAAGGUGAAUUCUUGCAAAAUUUCUUUUUCCCAAGCCUAUCGGAUAUUACGACCGAAUCAAGCGAAGAAUUAUUGUCGUUUCGUCGUAAACUUACGGGAGAUAGGGAUACGUCUGCUGUCGAUGAAGGCCAAUUUGUUGAUCCACUGACUGGCGAACCGAUACUGGAGCCCAUUCAACCAGAACCAGAAGAGGUCGCUGAAGAAGCAGAAGAGGAAUCAGUAGAAGAAUCGUCAUCGUCAACCAUCUCCUUUGAUUGGCCCUUUCCCUUAGGAGACGAAGAAGCGGCCCCGCCCGAAGCAGAUGCUACCGAAUAUGCUAUGGAAAUGUUAAUGGAGAUACGUACACCCAUUCGGGCUACAAGUGCCGCGUCGACAACAGCGCUAGAGGCUCAGCGCCAGGAACGCGAGAAUCGACAAGUUUGCAUAGAUUUUCUCUACUCAGCUAUCGACGAGGCUGUCGAUGCCGCCGAGUAUGUUGAUCCCGAUUUAGUACUCGAAGGCAGAUUGGAUAAACGGAAAUUAAUCAAGGAUCUGCAUCAAAUCAUUUCGGAAUACAUGGCCGCCAAGCAAUAUAAUACUGAUCUAUCGAACAAAAUGCACGAUUAUUAUCGUCGCGUUGGUCAAUUGCGUGGCUUUGAUAAGUUGCCCCCGGAGGUGGUGAAAGACGAAUUUCGGCGACAGAGGCACGCAUUGUAUCUGCUGGAUCAUUUUAAGCAGAAAGCUGUUGAAACGAAGAGAAUUAAUAAUUUGCUUUUGGCCAGCGUGGGAAUGGAUCUGAAUCAUGUGCGCAACAUAGCGUUGUCAUCGAACGAUUCACUGGAAUACUGCAUUCGUAAUACCCUGGCGCGCAAGGAUCUACAGGUUUUGCCUCGCAUUGUGGAGCAAGAGCUGCGACACAUGCAAAUCAUGCGCAAUGACAUUAGCGAUAAUCGCCUCUGGCUCAUAACCAGGAAACACACGCUGGGCAGAGUGAUCGAGCGCAAACGGAACUUUGAUCAAAUCACACCAGACUUGACCAUGGAUGAAUUUUUGAAUGCACAACGCGAUGUAAUAGCCCUGGGCACAAAGGUUGAAGAACGCAGUUAUGAUUUGAACCGAAUGCGUGAUCGUUGUACCAAGCACGUGCAUCAGUUGGCCUUUAUAAGGGAAAAGACGAGCAUGAUAUCGGCCACGUUAGUCAAUUACAAAUCCCAAUUGCGCCGCAUGGUCAGGAGACAAAACGAAAUGCGUGACAAGCUGUUCAAGGCGAAGCUGCAGCAUACCCGCCUAGUGGCCCAGACUAGGGAGCUGCAUGCGAAAUGUGGCUUGCUCUAUAAGCCAGCACUGUUGCAUGAUUUUGAUGAGACCGUGGACGCAGUCGAAAUCAAACGGCAGAAAGUCAAGCAAAAUAGGACUAUCGUUAGGGAACUGGAGGCACGCAUUGCCAAAUUCGAGGGACUGGCACGUUCCUCUAACAGGAAUAACAUUGAAAAAGGUUCGAAAUUUUUUCGCUGAGGAACCAUCCUCAGUACUACCAUUUUUAUAGACUUAUAGUUUUAUACGAGCUCUAGAGUCUACAUCUUCUAUAAUUAAUAUAAAUACAACAAAACCCAAUAAAAUCUUAAA